GCAGUAGAAGAAGAACGCAGCGCGGUUCAGCACCGCGACCCGGAAGUUCUUUUCAACUUUAUAUCCCACAAUUCCUUUCACCGUCUUCCUCUUUCCCUACCGCAGCAAUGUCUAAGAGAGGACGUGGUGGUUCAUCUGGAGCCAAGUUCCGCAUCUCGCUGGGUCUCCCAGUGGGAGCGGUCAUCAACUGCGCUGACAACACAGGUGCCAAGAACCUGUACAUCAUCUCUGUGAAGGGCAUCAAGGGGCGUCUGAACCGUCUGCCUGCUGCAGGAGUGGGUGACAUGGUCAUGGCCACAGUCAAGAAAGGAAAACCAGAACUCAGGAAGAAGGUGCAUCCUGCGGUGGUGAUACGGCAGCGGAAGUCGUAUCGACGAAAAGAUGGCGUCUUCCUCUACUUUGAAGACAAUGCAGGCGUCAUCGUAAACAACAAGGGAGAAAUGAAAGGUUCAGCCAUCACAGGACCAGUGGCCAAAGAGUGUGCUGACCUGUGGCCCAGGAUCGCCUCGAAUGCUGGCAGUAUCGCCUGAGCUGGACCCUGGAUUGUUUUCAAUAAAAACUGUUGUUAAUCAAA